AGUGUCCGACUCACGGGCGGUAGUGUACGUUUUGCGGUCAUCGUGCGAGUACCAUUUCCGACGUGCUGUGGUGAAUUUUUAUCGACACGCAUACACAUCACACACACACACAUUUUCAAACAUUUUAUAUUCGAUUUCGUUUAAUUUUCCACUCGCGUUUAUUAUUAUUCGUUAUCGGUUUUCGCCCAUAUUCGUUCAUCGUUCGUUCAUUAUUCAUACGACGCUCAAGACCGGGAAAAUCCACGAUGUCCGUGUCCACGUUGAACAUGACACCCUACUUCACCGGAUACCCGUUUCAAGGCCAGGGCCGCAUGAACCAGCUCGGUGGCGUGUUCAUCAACGGUCGGCCUCUUCCCAAUCACAUCAGGUUGAAGAUCGUCGAAAUGGCCGCGGCAGGUGUCCGCCCGUGCGUCAUAUCCAGGCAGCUCAGAGUGUCCCACGGUUGCGUGUCGAAAAUCCUUAAUCGGUACCAAGAGACCGGAAGCAUACGUCCCGGCGUGAUUGGCGGCAGCAAGCCUAGAGUGGCCACGCCGGACGUGGAGAGGCGCAUCGAAGAGUACAAGAAGGCCAACCCGGCAAUGUUCAGCUGGGAGAUCCGUGACAAGCUCGUAAAGCAGGACGGCAUUUGUGACAAAAACUCGGCCCCGUCUAUCAGUUCCAUCAGCCGACUACUGCGUGGUGGUAGAAGGGACGAGCUGAAAAACCAUUCAAUCGAUGGGAUUUUGGGUCCGAGCAGCGCCGAUGACUCUGACACGGAAUCGGAACCGGGUUUUCACUUGAAACGCAAACAGCGUCGAAGCCGAACCACGUUCACGGGCGAGCAACUCGAAGACUUGGAGCGCGCAUUCCAUAAGUCCCAGUACCCGGACGUUUAUACUAGAGAAGAGCUGGCCCAAAAAACCAAAUUGACCGAGGCCAGAGUACAAGUAUGGUUCAGUAAUCGUCGGGCUCGUCUCCGGAAGCAGAUGGGCACGCAUCAACACAUGAAUGCUGCGGCUGCGGUAGCGUUCAACCCGGCAGCGGCAGUCGUGAGCCUUUCGGCCGGCUCGUUCCAGUCCGCAUCCGGUGGCCAACACGGAGCUCACGGCCAAUACAGCGGCCACGAUCACCACUCGACAGCCGCCGCGUCAAAUUUCAAUUCUCCUCAAGGGACUUCCCACGGCACGUGGCCCACCACCGGCGCUGCCACUGGAUACUAUCCUUCGACGACCUGCAACUAUGGCAGUGGCGUGAACGGAGGCACUUCCGCCGACGCGAUGUAUCAUCACCCGCACCACGCGCAUCACCAGAACAACAACAACAAUAACAACGGUGCCACGUCAUAUUCAUCACAAAGUUCGGCUGUCGACCAUCACUCGCUGGCAUGGACAAAGCCCAACAAGGACGUGACGGCCGCUGCCACUUGGAGUUCCGACAAUUACUCGUUCUUCGCCGGCGGCAACACCAUAUACGGGUCUGGUUCCAAUCUGGCCCCGCAUUCGGCCAGCGAAGCCAAAUCUGGAUAUCCGUAUUUCGGUCAGCUGUCCCAAAUGGACGCCAUGUGCGGCAGGGUGCACUGAUCGCGUUAACUUCAGUGGUGACAGCGAUUAUGACAUCUUCAGUAUGGACACGUCCUCUUUCCCUUCCUCUAACCGCACGGCCAUUGUAAUAUUAUUGCUCUGUUUUCUCUCGACGCUCCCAGUCCACCGUGCCAAUAAAAACGGCGCGAAAACGUGUUUUGAUUUUAUUAUAAUAUUUAUUAUUAUUAUUAUUCUUUAUGUAAUUUUGUAUAUUAAACUAUUAUUAGCAAAUAUUAUCAUUAUUAUAUUUUUAUUGUACACGAAACUAACUUCUAACGGUAUAUCGAAAUUUAACCCGUGUGUACGCGUUGUAUUAUAAUAUAAUUUUACAUAAUUUUUUUUUUUUUUUUUAAGGCGCACAAUGAUGCGAUUCGUAUUGUGCAUAUUAUCAUUUCGUAGCUAUAAAGAGUAAAAUAUAAUAAUUAAAAAAAAAAAAACAUUGUACUUACAUUAUUUUUGUAUAUUUUAAAUAUUGUAUAAAAAAAAAUUUCGAGUGUUGAAUACACAUAUAAUAAUACAUCAUAUACACAUUAUAUACAUAUAUAUAUAAUAUUAUUAUGUACAUAUUAUACUAAUAAAAUCGUUGUCGAUACGUGUUUAUGAUA